UUUUUUUUUUGUUGAUCUUUUUAUUAAUAUACUACAAUCAACGAUGACUACAUCAUUUGACAUAGAACAUGGCAAAUUAUUAGAAAAGGUAUCACAGGGCUUGGAUCAGCUUAUUGGCAAUUUAGGUCAUUUGAAUCGAAAUUUAGAAACGGUCAAUACUAUCGGUAAUGAAUUUGAAGCCCCUGCGAAACUAUGGCAUCAAUUCCAUACGGCGGUCAUGGCUCCAGAUACACGUACUUCACUACCCCAAGAAUCUACACCAGUAAUAGAACCAUCAACAUUAUCUACUUCUCGUCAGCAAUGAGAAUAUCUACCAUGAUAUUUUACGAUCUAUCUAUUACCCAUAUCUCGAGGUACACCAUUGAAACUAUCCUUGGAACACUAAAAUAUUCCUUUUUUUCCCAUCUUUUAGUGUAUCAUCAUUAUCAUUCUUCUUCAUUUCCUUUACAUCUUUUAGUCCAUAUAUAUAUAUGUGAUCAUCGCCUUAUCACAUCAUCAUAGCCUAUUCUUUAUUGUCUACAUACCUAUCACAUAUUAUUUUAUUCAAAGAUUUCAAAUAAACCAUUCAAACUGAUCUAUU